GACAGCUUUGCUUUGCUUUUGGCUCCUGUCGUUGCUGGAGGAGCCGGCUCUCCCGCAGCCUCUCCGGCCCGCUUGAGGCUUCCUGAGGCGGUGCAGCCCGCGGGGCGCGGAGCCGGGCCGAGCCAGGGCAGCGCGGCGGGAGUGAGCGCGGCGGGGGCACCAUGCCUGCCGCCUUCUCCGGGCGGCGCCUGGGGCGGCUGCUGUUACUGCUGCUCUGCACCAGCCUCUCGGGCGGGAGCCCUGCAGAUCCAGCUAUGACAACACAAGAUUCCAGUCAGACUCAGGUGAACUCCRUGACUAAGAUGCAGGCUGGACUUAAUGUGACUAAAAUGCAAGCUGGACUUAAUGUAUCAUCUGGUCCUGAUCUUGUCACAGAAGAGCUCAAGCCAGCAAGCAAGCAAGACAAAUAUAAUGUCUCAGAGUAUGAGAUAGUCCUGUCUGGCACUUCAUUGGAAAAACACGUCCCUGUGGGCAGUCCAACUAAAGUUGGACUGAUCUGCAAAUUAGAUGAGCAUGCUCCUUUGAAAAAUCCUCAAGUGACUUGGAAAAAGGGAAGUGAAACAAUCAGUCACACCACUAAAACUUGGAACAGCUGGAGCAUCCAAGUUACAGUCUCGGAUAGGAGUCAGCUGGGAAGUUAUAUUUGUAUUCUGAAAGGUGAAAUUGAAAUCAGUGCUACAUUUCAUUUGCAAGUACCACAUAUUGAAGGAAAAGAAAAACCCAUGAUCGCUUAUGAAGGAGAUAUAGCUGUAUUGCUUUGUAAAACUGAGCUUCCUCCCAAGUCUUGGACCUGGUAUAUGACCAAUGGAACUGAGCUGAUUCCCAUUGAUCCCUCUUCACACAGAGACAAGUUUCGAAUUAAGAAACAAUCUGCCACUACAAACCGUCUGAAGAUAUAUAAGCUCACCAAGAAAGAUGCUGGUGUAUAUUGGUGUGAAGCUGCUUUUGAAUUAGGGAACAGUAAAGGGAGGUUUGAACUGAAAGUUCUGUCCAUCAUGGCACCUCUCAAACCCUUUCUAGCAAUUGUGGCUGAAGUUUCUAUUCUUGUAAUUACUAUUUUCCUUUAUGAGGUGUAUUCGAAAAGGAAAGAAAAAAGUGCAGAAGGUGAAAGAGAGUUUGACCAAAUCGAGCAACUUAAAUCAGAAGAAGACGUUGCUGCAUAACUCGGUAAUUGGAGGCAAAGAAGGCUUUAAUCUGGUUCYAUGAAAGGAGAUUUAAGCCAACAGAAGUGAAAUCAUCACAAACUACAGAAGACGUAUGCAGCUAUGCAUUUCAAACAUUUGCUAUGUUUUGAAGUGAAGUCCUUUCCAUUUGAGAAAUAAGAUGCUUUUUAAUAGCUCUGAAAUCACUCAUUUUAUACAAAUGGUGACACAAUAUUCUACAUUUAGACCUUUAUCUGUAACACUGUUUGUCAUUUUACUGCUAGUAGGUUGUUUUUUACAUGAUUAGUUUUACUGUUGGUUUAUGAUUGGUCUCUUUGAUUUUUAUCUCCUAAAUUGGAGCUAGCAUUUUGUUCACUGAAUAAGUGGUAUAUGAGUGGGCAUAUUAUCUGAGUGUUAUCAAACUGGACACAUAAGAUCAGAAAAGUAUUUCCACCAAAGAAAAUGCAUUUUACUAGCUGAUGAAGCAAAUGUGAUGCAGCCGUUUUUACCAAAGAAGUGGUGAAAGGGGAAUCUUUAUCAGGACUCAAAUAAAACAUUAAGACAGUUGCAAUUUACUCUGAAUAGAAAAAUACCUUAAUUCUAUUUGUUCUUAUCUUCGUUGGGAGUUCUACUGUAUUGCAGUCCUUAGUAAGCUAAACACUUAGACACUCUACAGCUCAGAUAUUUCAGAGUAGAUGAAAGAAGUAAUGGGGAUUUCAGUACCUUCUCUGACUGUAACUGCAAUAAUUCCUUUUGCUUGAACAAAUUACUGCACUCCCUGGGGCUGCAAUACCAGUUUGGUUAUUUUCAUUUAUACAGAAUGCUGAAUUUUCAGGAGUAUGCCUGUGUAUGCUUCUGUUCAUACAUACUGUCUACUUGGUACUUCUACUUCUUUCAGCAGACUACUGUUUCUUAAACUCCUUGCAAAGUACAGAGUGGGUCUAGAGCAGCUAAAAUUUUCAGGGUAAUAGGGUAAAGCAACAUGAAUGCUACUAUUUCUCUUACACAAAAAUUGUAACUUCCGUUAAUGACUUAAGGUACUGCUUUAGAAGAGUGAGUUGCCGUAAUAACAUUUAUUUACAUUAUCUGUUCAGCAACUGAAGAAUGUUCAGCUACUUAGAAAACAGCUGGUUGUGUUAGUUGCCUUUGUUUGAAAUAAUUAAAACUUCUAUUUUGAGGGGAAGAAGUAGUCUUCAGAAAAAUGUCUUUUUUCAAUGAAAAUGURAGGAAAAAGGCAACAUUUGUAGACUCCCUAAGAAAAUGAAAAAAUAUCUAAACAAUAUUUUGUACCGUUUUUCUUUGAACAUAAAGGAAUGCAGAAAAAACGAAACAGAUAAAACAGAUUUAAUUACUUUUCUUUAUUUCUUCUCUUAUGGGUUUGAAAAAUACCAGAAAUCCUAGCAUUGGUUGUUUUGUUAGAGAUGGGUGACAAAAUCCAGUCUGAUGUAUUCUUUUGUUUUUCAUAAUUAAAUUUCUAGUAUUAAGAACUAGAAGAUAAGGUCCAAAUAAGACAACAUUAGAAGUAUAUGAGUGUUAUGUGAUUGACUGUGAGGAGUGAACACUGAUAAAGAUUCCCCUUGCUCAGACACUGUGCUUACUGUAUUUUGCCUUGGAGUUUCUAUGCACUAUAAAAAGCAGAGUUUUUUAUAUGAAUUUCUCAUUGUUAUAAUGGUGUUUUUAUUGUAGCAAGUAAAUCUUGGCAGUUUUAAAAGGUUUACUUCUUAUAUUGUUUGGCACAUUUUAGAAUUUGUAGUAAUUUGUUUCUUGUUGGUAGUUGAGUAGUAAAAAAGAUAAUAUUUCUUAAAGAUCUAAGAAUUAUAUUCUGAAUAAAGCAGCAUUUCAUAUAUUUUGCAGUGAAAAUGAGGUUAGCUGCUGUCUGGAAAAAAAGCCCACCACUUACUCAGAAAUGGUAAUAACAUCUUUUUGCCUUCACUUAGCAUUCCUACCUAAUCUUGCUGUUCGGGUAUGAAGUCUUGGUCAACAUAGGCAAGUCAUACAAAUAGCAGGCAUUAGCAGAGAGARCCUUGGUUAAGCGUGGCUUUUAGAAGCUGCCAUCAUAGAUCAGAUUGGCUGCUGAGACUGUAAUUUUUCCCUGACCUACCUCUCUAGCAGGUUCUGCUUGCUUUGUCUGYAAGGGGUUUGGUGUUUAUUUUAUUUUAUUAUUUGGUGUUUAUUAUUAGUGAGUUGAUAUUCAUCAUUGUAAGUAGUCUUACUUUGUGCAUGUUCUCCUAGGUUUAAAAUCUUUUUGGGCUGCCCUGCAGAGGGGAAUAACAAAUAAUAUUAAAUGGUAAUUAUUAAAUAAUUGGCAUAAUUGAUGGUCAGCUUCAAAGGGGUAAACCCUACUUUUGUUUGUCCAGGUACCACAAGGGGCUCUGGAACUCCUGAAAUUUAUCUUUUGAGAAGUAUAUGUUGUGUAUAUUCAAAACAUUCCUAUUGCAGUUCAUUUGUGAUCUUAGCUUUGAAUGGAACAAAAAUUUCAACUUCAAAAAACCCUGUAGCUCCAGGCAGUGGUGGGAUUUUUUUAUUUAAUUCAAGCUAGGGGAUAACAAAUAAUAUCCAAAACAAUUCUGAAGCUAUUUCCUUCAAAUAGCAAUUGGAUCUUAAGUAUAUCCACAAAACCUUAAAUAAUUUACUUACAUGGGUAGACUGAGUGCAACCACUWCUGCUGUUUGGCAAAUCUUGUCUUCCAAGAUCAAAACCUUUUCUUGCAAGGGGGAUAUUUUCUUGGGUUCUAACCAGCAAAAGCCUUAUCCAUUUCUUAGAGGAAAGGGUUGAAAUCUCUAAAAGAAUCCUGGAGGGCUAUUUUCUUAUACUUCAAGCUGCUUCACUGCAAAUUGUUCCUGCUCUUAGAUCCAAAGUAGACACAAGCAGCUGCAAGACCAAAUUCCUAGUGAAGAUGGAUAGAUACUAGCAGAGCUGCCAAAUUGGGGAUUCAGARCUGUAUUAAUAUUUCUUUAGGAUAGAGAUCUACUAGUUACCCUCCAGUGGAUCAAUACAGGUGAUAGGCUGUAGGUCCUUUGACACACUUAAUGUGGAGAAGAGAGGGGGAAGAUUCAUUAGUUGCUUCUAAAAUCAGCAUCCAUGUGCCUCUAACUCUUUUCAGGCAAAGAAAGUGAGGUUUAUAUUCUGCCUUUAAAUUGUGCCUCAGAACUUUUGAAUGGUGACUGCUGAGCAAUGAAAAGAAACUGAUUGGUAGGGGAGGUUUUUGAGAUGAAUGAUCCCCUCAGUAGUCUGACCGCAAUUAGCCACACCAUGAUUCAAUGAAACUCCCCCAAAAUACCAAGGUGCAGAUGGUAAGGAAGCAGCCACUUAAGAACAGUGUAGGGACGUGGGAAGGAGGUACAUUUUGUUAUUAUGUAGGGGUCCUGAGGUACAGACAGCAGAAACUGACAUGACUUGCAAUUAGGUAUGUACAGGGAAGACUGAAUGUAAAUCUGUAGGAGAAAAUAYGUUUUCAUUUGUACCACUCAGAGUGUGUAGGAAGUACUGUGCAGCAGUUGAAAACAAUCUGCCGUUGCUGACACUUGGACAGACGAAAGCACAAAGCCAAAUGAGAUGUCUGGUAMGAGAACUAGAGGUUAUAUGCUUAGAAGAUACUUCUCUGCUAGUUUAACAGUUUUGUAGUCUUGUUACUUCAUUAUGCUAGAAUGURCAUACAUAAUUCUUUGUGAAAAAAUAAACCAAGUUCCAAACUUUACAACUUCCGCUGAAAGUCUUGAUUGGCAAAACUUUACUGUUGGCAGUUGAGUUCAUUGUUGUACUUGCAUGAUGCUUGUUCUAUCAUAUCCAAAAUUACUYCCCUACAGAAACUUAAUCUGCUUURUUUUUGCAYUCAGCUUUAUAUUUAGCCAAAGAAAGAUUUUUGGUUUGUUACUUAUGGUAAUAUUUCUAUCAACUGACUUGCUGAAUUAUUUUCAGAUUGACAUUAAAAGUUAACAGUGCCUUGAAGGAAGAMAUUUAUCAUAGUUAAUUUUGCUUUUCUCUUUUGCAAUAUGCUUGUUAAAAGUUUUCCUCUGAAACUUGACAGCAAAAUCUGUUUUACUGGUGGAAAACUUAAGCCUAAUGCUUUUUUCAUGUUUGCCUUAUUUUACAUUCUGAUUUUAUAUUCUGUGCUCACUCAUGAGUCUCAUUGUAUUGCUUAAGCAAAUGGAAAUAACCUCUGUUUGUUUGAUGUGUAUCAGAUAAUGAGGAUAGUAGUUAUGAGUAGUGUGAAUUGAUUUGUGUACUUUGAAAUAAUUCCAAUAAAUUUAACCAUAAAGUGA